AUGAUCCUCACAGCGCUCUACGGUGCCUUUGAAGCUCUCAUAUACGGCGCCCUGCCCACAAUCCUGAUCAUCGUUGUUGGCGGAUCAAUCGUCCUGGGGUAUACAACUCUUUCCGACAUUCCAGGACCGUUCUAUGCCAAAUUCACCGACUACUGGCGAUUCAGAGUCGUCGGCAAGCGGAACUCCCACGAGACAUAUCUCAAGUUGCACGAAGAAUAUGGCGACUUUGUCCGUAUUGGGCCCAACUGCGUGAGCAUCAGUCGUCCGGAUGUCAUUCCCUUGAUAUACGGCAUCAACGUCAAGGCGACCAAAUCCGACUUCUACACCGUCUGGCAAAACGUCGUCAACGGCAAACGCACCGCCUCCCUCGUCUUCACCACCGACGAAGCCCACCACGCCACCAUGAAACGCCCCAUCGCCAACGCCUACUCCCUCUCCACCCUCGUCGAAUUCGAGCCCCUCAUCGACUCCACCACCGCCGUCUUCCUCUCCCGUCUCGACUCCCAAUUCGCCUCCACCGGCGCCGUCUGCGAUCUCGGCACCUGGCUGCAAUGGUACGCCUUUGACGUAAUCGGCGAACUCACCCUCUCCAAACGCCUGGGAUUCCUCGAAAAGGGGGAGGACGUGGAGAACAUCGCCGCCAACGUCGCGAGGAAUUUCGAUCGUUGUUCGUCGCUCGGGCAGAUGCCUUGGUUGGACUUGAUUUACAAGCAUCCUUACUUUCAAGCGCUGUUCCUCAAGUCGCCUGUCAAUCCAAUCAUAGCGUUCGGCCAGCGCCGCCUUCAAGAACGUCUCGACGACAAUGAAGACACACCCCCUCCCACCGACCUGGGCAUCACCGACCCGUCCCUCGCCGCCAAAGUCCUCCACACCACCCUCCCCUCCAAACCCGACUUCCUCUCCCGCUUCCUCACCCUACACGAAACUCAACCGGAAAUCGUCACCGAAAACACCCUCCUCGCCUACCUCUUCAUGAACAUCAACGCCGGCUCCGACACCAUCGCCUCCACCGUGCGCGCUUUAUUCUACCACCUCCUCCGUCACCCUUCAACCCUCACCACCUUGAUGACCGAACUCGACGCCGCGCAUGAAGCGGGGAACUUGACUCUCCCCCUCCCGACCUGGUCCGAAGUCCAACCCCUUCCCUACCUCUCCGCUGUAGUCAAAGAGUCGUUAAGACUCAACCCCGCGCUCGCUCUUCCUCUCGAACGAAUCGUGCCCGCUGCAGGUAUAACCAUCAACGGCACAUUCUUCCCUCCCAACACAGUCAUAGGUGUCAACCCCUGGGUUCUCCACCGCGACACUCGAAUUUUCGGCUCCGAUGCAAAGGAAUGGAAUCCAAGCCGCUGGAUCGAUGGGGAUGCGGAGAGGACGAGGUAUAUGGAAAGUCAUUUACUCAGUUUCGGAGCGGGGAAGAGGACGUGUUUGGGGAGGAAUAUUGCGAUUUUGGAGUUGAGUAAAGUUGUGCCGGCGAUUCUUUGUAGGUAUAAGAUGAGACUGGAGGAUGAGGGGAGGGAGUGGAAGGUGGUGAAUAGUUGGGCGGUGAGGCAGGAGGGGUUGGAGGUGCUGUUGGAGAGGAGGUGA